AUGUCUUCAACCUUGGAAAUUGAGGCCAGAGAUGUGAUCAAGAUUGUACUUCAAUUCUGCAAAGAGAACUCGCUGCAUCAAACUUUCCAAACACUGCAAAACGAGUGCCAGGUUUCUCUAAAUACUGUAGACAGCCUUGAAACAUUCGUUGCUGAUAUUAAUAGUGGAAGGUGGGAUGCAAUUUUACCUCAACUCGCGCAACUCAAGCUUCCUCGAAAGAAAUUAGAAGACCUGUAUGAGCAGAUUGUUUUGGAAAUGAUUGAACUUCGGGAGAUUGACACAGCACGCGCAAUAUUAAGACAAACCCAGGUGAUGGGUGUCAUGAAACAGGAGCAACCAGAGCGGUAUUUACGACUUGAGCAUCUACUCGUUCGGACUUACUUUGACCCGAAUGAGGUGUACCAAGACUCAACAAAAGAAAGGAGACGUGCUCAAAUUGCGCAAGCUGUUGCAGCUGAAGUUUCGGUGGUUCCACCUUCACGAUUAAUGGCUUUGAUCGGUCAAGCUCUGAAGUGGCAGCAGCAUCAAGGUUUAUUACCACCUGGAACACAAUUCGAUUUGUUCAGAGGAACGGCAGCCAUGAAACAAGACGUAGAAGAUAUGUACCCAACAAAUCUGGGACACACUAUUAAGUUUGGGAAGAACAGUCAUCCUGAAUGUGCUCGGUUUUCUCCAGAUGGGCAAUUCCUUGUUUCUUGUUCAGUUGAUGGAUUUGUCGAGGUGUGGGAUCAUAUAAGUGGAAAAUUAAAGAAGGAUCUGCAAUACCAGGCUGAUGAAACAUUUAUGAUGCAUGAUGAGGCUGUUCUCUGUGUUGACUUUAGUCGAGACUCUGAGAUGCUUGCUUCUGGAUCACAGGAUGGGAAAAUAAAGGUUUGGCGUAUUAGAACGGGUCAGUGUCUGCGCCGUCUUGAACGUGCUCAUUCUGAAGGUGUCACUAGUGUCAGCUUCUCUCGAGAUGGGACUCAGUUGUUAAGUACAUCAUUUGACAGCACUGCAAGAAUUCAUGGCUUGAAGUCAGGUAAGAUGCUGAAGGAAUUUCGUGGCCAUACAUCUUAUGUUAAUGAUGCCAUCUUUACUGCUGAUGGCACACGAGUCAUAACUGCAUCUAGUGAUUGCACGGUGAAAGUUUGGGAUCUGAAGAGUACAGAUUGUGUGCAGACGAUCAAACCUCCACCUCCUUUGAGGGGAGGUGAUGCAUCUGUUAAUUCUGUUCAUCUUUUCCCUAAAAAUGCCGAUCAUAUAGUAGUUUGCAACAAGACUUCGUCUAUAUACAUAAUGACCCUCCAAGGGCAGGUUGUGAAAAGUUUCUCAUCCGGUAAGAGAGAAGGUGGAGAUUUUAUGGCAGCUUGUGUUUCACCAAAAGGGGAAUGGAUCUACUGCGUCGGCGAGGACAGAAAUUUGUAUUGCUUCAGUUAUCAGUCUGGCAAGCUUGAGCAUUUAAUGAAGGUACACGAGAAGGAUGUGAUUGGACUCGCUCACCAUCCCCAUAUAAACCUCGUCGCCACUUAUGGCGAAGACUGCUCACUGAAAUUAUGGAAGCCUUAA